UCCCCAAAAAAUGCUGUUGCGUACUUGCCUGCACUUGACUCGGAUCCUCGAUCGAUCGACCAGAGCCCAGAGGAGAGGGGACAGAGGCCAUGGAGAGUUCGCCGCCCACCAUCACCGUCCAGGUCAAGUUCGCCGGCCGGACCAUCCCGGUGGAGGUCCCCGCCGCCGCCUCCACCGCUGAGCUGAAGCGCCUCCUCCAGCCGCUCACCAACGUCCUCCCCCGCGGCCAGAGGCUCGUCUGCAAAGGCAAGGUGCUCCCGGACGCCGCGAGCCUGAGCUCCAUGCAGGUGGUGGACGGAUCCAAGGUCAUGCUCAUCGCUUCGCAGGGGCUCCAUCAGGGGGAUGGCCCCAUCACAAAAAAUAGCAGCAUCCCGACAACAACUGCAAGAAAAACCUCGAAUGUUAAGGAAAGCCAAACGCAAAAACCAGAGGCAGCAGUCAACAAAAGCCGAUCGGAGCGUUGGAAAUUAACAGGUGUUGUUGCACUACAUGAUUGUGACUUGAAGGCAAUGCCUGAAGAAGUCUGGGACUGUGGCCCUUCUAUACGAGUACUGGAUGUCAGUAACAACUGUAUCAAGGAAAUUCCACACAAAAUCGCUGCUCUUAAAUCUCUAAAUAAAUUGCUCCUAACUGCCAAUGAUAUAGCUGAUGAGAACAUCAGCUGGGAAGGUCUAUCAUGUCUUAAAAAAUUAUUAAGUUUAUCUUUAAGCCAAAACCGACUGGUUAAUUUGCCUUCAACGUUGGGAUCACUGACUUCUCUACGUGAACUUCGUAUCGCAAAUAACAUGCUUGAUUACUUACCUGUCGAAAUAGGAUCGCUGAAGCAUCUCCAGAUUCUGAUUGCAAGUAAUAAUAGGAUAACGUCAUUGCCUUCAUCUAUAGGAGAUUGUGAAUCUCUCACUGAGGUUGACUUGUCAUCAAAUCUUUUAGCUGAACUGCCGGAGGCCUUUGCGAACCUUUACAAUCUCAAGGUUUUGCAUCUAAGGAAUAACGGUCUUACAUCCCUGCCUGCAACGUUAUUCAAAAAUUGCUCGCAGCUUACUACACUUGAUCUCCAUGGCACAGAAAUCACAAACGAUGUUCUUCGGCAGGUGGAGGGGUGGGAGGAGUUUGAUGAGCGUCGGCGGCAGAAACAUCAGAAGCAGCUCGACUUCCGUGUGGGCUCAUCUGGUGUGUUCGAUGAAGGCGCGGACGAUGACAACAGGCGGUAGAUAGUUUCCUGCUUGUUAUGAGUAAGAUUGUGUGCUCUGCUUCAGGCUUUUGUCCCAGAACAGCUGUACAAUUGAGAACGGAAACGAGUUUCUUUUAGAGCAUGAGAUGAAAAACUUUGUUAUUCACUGGAUAUAUGUUUCUAAGAAAUACUGGGCGUUGUGCUGAA